GAUACCCCACAAACGAAUCUUCUAGCUUUCCUCUUCUUUCAAUCAAUCUUCUUUCUUCUCUUUCUUUAGAAAGUUGAAACACACAACUCUCUAUAGAAAUGGGUUCUUUAGGAGAUGAACUUACUCUAGGACAGAGGAGACACUGUUCUAUUCCGACAAAAGCUUCCACGAUCAUGAAUGUUGCGGUGGAGAAAGGUUGUAAACUCGAGGAACAUGUUAAGAAGCUCGAAGAAGAGAAGAGGAAGAUCCAAGGCAGUGAACUCGAGCUUCCUCUCUGUUUGCAGAUUUUAAACGAUGCGAUUUCGUAUCUCAAGAAAAAAACAGAGAUGGAUGAUACUCAGCCAUUGUUGAAAGAUUUCAUCUCUCUCCGUAGACCUAUUGGAGAAGAACAUGUCGAAGAGCUUUUCAAGGAGAAGAAGUUUCAGCUAUGGAGAGAAAAUGAUCACAUCUCAAACACGAGAUUCUCAGACAAGAAGAUCAAGAACACGCUAGAUAUUGAGAGAAAUGAGGAUAAAUCUUGUAGCUCUUUAUCUAUGUUGUUGAGUCCUGGCAUGAGGACUCCAAAGGUGGAAACCGGUUUAGGCCUCGGUUUAACUUCAAGCUCAAUGGUUGAUCGAAGAAGAAGAAAAGGCAUGGCUUCUUGUGGCAUUCCUUCUAACUCCGUGCCACAGCCACCACCGUAUCUUCAGCAGCAAGCGUUGCGGAAGCAAAGAAGGUGUUGGACUCCUGAGUUACAUCGCCGUUUCGUUGAUGCAUUGCAACAGCUCGGUGGUCCUGGAGUUGCAACUCCUAAACAAAUCAGAGAGCAUAUGCAAGAAGAAGACUUAACCAAUGAUGAAGUCAAGAGUCAUUUACAGAAAUACCGGUUACACAUCAGGAAGUCUGACUCGAGUGAGGAGAAACGAUCAGUAGUUGUUUUAGGGUUUAACUUGUGGAACUCAUCAUCACAAGAAGAAGAAAGUGGUGAGGAAGGAGAAUCAUCAAAGAGAAGCAGCAAUUCACAAUCAGAUUCUCCUCAAGGUCCUUUGCAGUUACAUUGUACAACAACUACAACAUGUGGUGAUAGUAGCAUGGAAGAUGCUGAAGAUGCUAAAUCUGAGAGGAGAGAUUGACAUCUCCAUAAAUCUCAAGAUCCUUUUUUAAAGAACCAUACUCUUGAUUCCGUUUUUGUUGUUUUUUGGAUUCACUUUCUAGUGAAUGAGAAAAAUAAUCACAGAAAAGAAUAUACAUCUAUUUUUAUUUUUAUAUAUUUAGAGAGAGAAAGAUAGAGACAGAGAGGUUGAUCAAAUUAUUUACAGAGAUUGUUAGGUCUGUUUUUUUUUUUGUGCGGCAUUUUGGUUGGGUUUAAACUGAGGCAUUACCCAAGUAAUAAUAUUAUUUUAAUGUUUGUUUCA